GAAAAUUAACCUAAAAUCAACUCACUCUAUGUCAUUCAAAACAUUUCCCUAUGAAGGAAAAGGCAGCAGUUAAACAUGUUGAGAAAAUCUUUACCUAAACUUUGCAAUCUAGCUAAGAGUUACGGAAAUGGGCUCUACAGAUCGUACAGUGUAUACGAGCCCAAUUAUUUAGAGCUCCUAAAGCCGAAGUAUCCCAUCUAUGGGCUAUUGAAUAUCCAAAUCAAGGGAUACGACUUUCCAGUGCUGGAAAGCUAUCAAAGAUACCUAACCAGUGUGGCCAAAGCAAUGGAUUUGGAUGUGUCGAAUGGAUGGGCUGUUCCUGCGGAAACAUUUCAAGUGCUACGAUACAAACCCCAAAGUGCACUUACCGAAAGCGAAUACAAAUUGACUGUGUACGAGCGAAACAUUCAAAUAGUGGAUAUUAUGGCACCUGUUUAUCCAGUUCUACUGAGAUUGGCUCAGGCAUCACUGCCCGAAGGUGUGUCGAUCACAGUGGUUGAACAUACAAAGGAACAAGAUGAACUUCGGUAUGUUCCAGACGGUAAUUUAAAUGAAUUGAAACAACAGUUAGACGAGAUGGGUGGACCAGUUCAAAAGAAAAAGAGGAAGUGAAGUGUGUAUAUCACUGUCCAGUACAUUGUAUAAGUCAUUUGGUCGAUAAAGAGUUAGUUUAAAAUUGAAU